UAAGAAAACAAAAACAAAAAACGUAAAAAACGAGCAAAGUGUUUUGAGACCAAACUGCAAUUAUUCGUUUUAGUCGGCUGGAAAAACAGAAGAGAAGGUUUUUAAGCUUAAAAAAAACGCUAGUGAAAGUGAGCGAAGAUGAAGAAAUUGGAGGCUUAACUGAAACAUCAUUAGUGUGUGUUUUUGAUCUUAUCUCAAUUCUCAUUCAUUACAAAGAAGAUAGGUGUGUGAUGGAUCCAAUUCCAACAUUGUUGAGGAUACUAUGGGACAUGUGGGAUGUUCGAGUGCUAGUUCUCCUCAGUCUUGCUUUUCAAAUCGUUCUUUUCGUCUUUGGCAACCGCAGGAAGUACAUGUCGUCACUGUGGAUCAAUGUUGUCGUUUGGCUAGCCUACUUACUCGCUGAUUGGGUAGCAAUUGUUGCCCUUAGCAAGCUAUCUGAUGCCCUAGGUGAUAACAGUAACAAUGUAUUUCCAGCAAUAUGGGCACCUCUGCUUUUGCUACAGCUUGGUGGCCCAAAUACCAUAACAGCUUAUUCUUUAGAAGAUAAUCAGUUGUGGUUGAGGCACUUGAUGGUACUGGGUGUUCAAGCUACUGUGGCAAUUUUUGUCAUUAUUAUAUCUUGGAGAAAAUAUUCUCGGCUUUCAUAUUUGUCACUCAUAGCAUUCGUGGCUGGAAUUAUUUUUUAUGUGGAGAGAGUGUGGUGGGUUCUCAAGUCAGCGAGUGAUGACAACUUGGGAGACAUUGUACCAUUUAAAAAGCAAGCCGACAUAAGUCUUGAUGGUCAGGAACACAAGUAUAUAAGAACUCUAGUCAUGGCGCAGAAGUUGGUCAAACAAUUUAAGCGUUAUAUAGAGAACUAUGAUAUUGGUAGAUUUGUUUUUGAAUUUCCUUCUAAUCAGCUGUCAACGAAGGUGCAAUGGAGGGAAAAAUUCACGAGUGUGAUACAUAUUUUUGGGAUGCAUUGGAGGUCGAAAUGGGACUUAUGUAUGAUUUAUACUAUACGAAGGCAUCCAUAAUGUAUACCAAGCGAGGGUGUGUUAUGCGCUCCAUCAGCUUUGUUUGUACUAUGUCUGUGUUGGUAGGAUCGUUUUGGGCUAUAUGUAGGAAAGAGAACUGGCAUCGUGAGCACUACAACUACUCCAUGAUUGACGUCACCAUCACAGGAGUGUUGCUAUUUGGAGCUCUAGCAUUGGAGAUUUAUGCAAUCAUUGUAAUAUUAGCCUCUGAUUGGACAAUGCUUUGGCUAAUUGAACACAAGAAAGGAGAAUGGGUGAUCCAAUUGAGACGAAAAUUCCCCUGGUUUUACAAACAAAAGAAAUGGUCUAAGAAGGUAGGGCAAUUUGACCUAUUGGGUUUUUGCUUUAAACAAAAUAAGCCUGCUAUGUUGUCUUGUAGACUUAAAGAAAAAUUCGAUAGGUACAUGCAUAAGACUCAGGUGGUUGUACCUCCUAAUCUAUAUGACACGAUUUUAAACUACGCUUAUUAUUGGAGUAGGCCAAGUGUAGUGAAACUAGAUGAGGUUGCUCAAGCUACCUUAAUAUCCACCAUGAAGGUCUUAGAUCCUCAUCUUCCAGCUUUUUAUGAGCUAAUCGUGAUUGUUCACUUGGCAACAGAAAUUUGCUACCAUUUGGAGUUAAAUAUUACCGACCAACGAGGUGCUAACUCCUCUAGACAUGAAAAACAAAUUAUGGAAACAUGCAGGACUUUGUCCCAUUACAUGAUGUAUCUACUCCUCAUGUGCCCUUGGGCGUUGCCCAUCAAUCUUUCGGACACCGAGUUAGGAAACUUGAUCCAUGAUCUCAAAAUGUUCAUUAAGGAUGAGGAGGAUGUAAGCAGGGUUUGUGAAUUGUUGAAAGAUUAUCCCAUAACAUUACAUGACCCCUACGAUCUACGUCGGAUACUACUUGUUGUACAAAAAUUUGUGAGAAACUUCUUGGGAUGGGAAAGGCUGAGAUCCUUGUGGUUGGGCAUGCUGGGGUUUGCAGCAAUUAAAGGGGACAAAAAUUAUCAUCUUCAACAGCUUAGACAAGGAGGCCAGUUUCUCACUUUGUUAUGGUUCUUUAUACCCCAAUCUAAUAUAUUGGAUAGGAUUGAUGCCGCAAAAGUGGGCAGACGUAUUAAUAAUCAGGUGACGCAGCUUACUACAAGUAAUAUAGAUAAUUAUGUAGCAUAGAAAUUAUCCAUAUAGAUGGUUAUGUAAGCAUCACAUAAAUUAUCUUUUUAAUUUUUGUUCAAUCGUUACAAGUCCAUUAAUGUAUGAUUAUUUGCACCGAUCAAGGGUGUCAAUUCCGCUC